UGUCAUUCACCACAUCAUUCACUGCAGAGCCGCGCCUGUAUGUUGUCCAUGAACCUCAAUCAUGCACGAGCACACGAACGGUACAUCACUAGUUGGUUCGGUGUUUGAGCGACCACCUUCUCUUGGUCUACACAGACCACCUCAGCCGCCGACAUCCGGAAAAACUGGUUUUCCAGCCGCACAGCAUCGUUCGAAAAGUGCCUUCGCACGGAGACGAGAUGAAGAACGCAAGACGGACAAUACUCUACCACGUGGUGCUCCUACAGUUGUUCCGAUUCCAAAGGUUCUUCCGUUCACGCCCAGCACUCCAGUGGCUCACGAACGUCAAGACGAAGAUGUGACUGAUUGGCGGGAGGAAAUUAGCCGACAGAACCAACUGAAGGUGCAGAAUAUGAGCGCAGAGGAAAGAGAACGCGAACGGAACGAAAUUUACGAAAAGUUCGGGGCAGACAUUGGUGAUAUCUUGAGGAGAGCAAGGAUGGCGCGGGAAAAACAAGCAGAGAAAGAUUCUGAGGAAAUGAAGCGUAAACGCCCUGAAGGUGACUCCAUUACCGCUGGUGAAAAUGGUGCAUUACAAGAGCCAGACCUGUUUACUAGUUCAAGGCGCAAUUCAGAAAAAAGUCUUCCUGAAGUUCCGAUAACAUCUGAAAAACCUGCCGUUCGUCCGGUCUCCCCUCCGCUGGCAUCAUUUCCCCCUCCCUCUCUCUCAGCGAGUGCGACGCGUCCAUCAACGCCCAACAAAGCACUGCGGAAGAUUCGAUUUGCUGAACUGUCUCCAACCGAUGUGCAUGUCUACGAAUCGGCACCACCUUCUCCUCGCAAGAAAACCGUACUAGCCUUACCCCCACCGCCCCCUGCAGGAACAGACGAGGAUAUCGUUUCUUUAGGGAUGUAUCCCGUCGCAGGCAUGGCACCGUCGGAGGAUCCAGAAGAAGGCAGUCCCGAGUAUAUUCGCCGAAAAUACUUCCCUUCUGCUCCAUCCUCCAAUCCAGAUCUCGCAUGGAUGGAACCAUCUACAUCGGAUGACCGGUCGGACGAUUCUUCACCCAUUGACAAACUUCGGUUUGGUCUCUCGGGCAAUCCAAUUCCUUCAUCUAUCAGCCUAACUCUUCCUACGCAUCUUGGUUUGCAUCACCAUGCCGAGGGAUCGCACGCUGGAUAUACUCUCGAUGAUAUCUUCCUCCUGACAAGGUCUAGUGUUGCCGCUCAGAGGGCGGCCAUGCUGGGCGUUUUGAGUGGCGUAGCCCGAUGGUUGAGGAAUUGUGUCGGGGGAGGAAAUACGACAGACGAUCUAUCGCUGAAUGACCUAUCUGCCAAGUCUGCCGCACUCCUCAAGCGUAUCUUGUUUGCAGGUCUGGAAGUCUUGCCCGAGCGGGGAAGUGUUGGCGCACGAGGAAUUGCAGUUGUCUGGCAAUGUUUGGUUGGCUGGGAGGCUCAAGAGAUUGAUGACCUACAGGUCGACUUGAAUGAUGUGGAAGUUGCAUUUGGGGAAGUCGAACUCAACAUACCAGUUGAUAUCUCUACUGCCACUACUACGACUCCGCCUCCAUCCAUAUCUUCUCUGAUUGAUGCUCUACCUCUUCCUGAAAUGCUCUCACAAUUAGCUCCUUUACUCUCAUCUCCCCCUGAUUUCAAUUCUGUCGAAUCCUCUCCUACUCCAAAUCAACUUCAGCUCCUUGCUAUUGUCCACCGGAUUUCCAAGCAUUCCAAAGCUGCGGCCGAAACGGUUGUUCAGACGUCCAGCCUCGUCGCGAGUAUCAUCAAUGUCUUCCUGCUCUCCACUGCAGCGCCACAUCCUCCUGCUAUUCAAUGUCUUAUUACCCUCGCCAGUGCUUCGCGGCAGAACGCCAAAGCGCUCUGUGAUCCGGCAGAUGCGAUGCUCAAGUUUAUCACAAGCACCAUACCUUCCGCUGAUGGAACCAUGCAGUAUCCUGCCGAGUUGGCCCAUGAACUCUUGGUGUCGACCCUACGGUUGUACACCUAUCUAGGACGGUAUGGGAUGUAUUCCCAUACUGCGACGGAUGCACAAGAGCUGUGGACACGGCUGGCCGUCUAUGCGACGGAUACAGGGGGCAAGUUAGCACAGGCAUGGGCUGAACUGAUAAGCACUUGGAUGGUUUGUGCGACAGACCCUCAUAGGACAUCUCCAAGUCAUGACAUUUUGUGGAGUCGAGUUGUUGCAUGGGGAUGGGGCGAGGACGUGUUGGCAUUGACGGUCUGUGACCGAUUACCAGAAGACAAGGGCUCGCUGAGGCAAAUAAUGGACACGCAAGGUGCUAUCUGGAGAUGCAUCAGUACAUGGCUGGAGGGCUCCCGGGUCAACAGUACUCGGGGUGGGCAAGCGGAACGGGAGGCAGCGUUGACUGUCUUAAAACCAGGGUUUGAAAAUGAGACUGGCCUAGCCAGACAGAUCACGCUGGCCACACUAGAGGGCCUCAAAGCUGAUCUCGAGAACAUCCGGUCAAGAGAAGCUCCGUCACAGUGGCUACCAGCGUUGUUGAGCGCGGGGAGGUGUGCCAGUGCACUGACAGCUGUGAUACGGUUAUGGCUGGCGUGUAUACCUUCGAGUGGUCCACCAAAGUCACCACCGUUUAGCCUACCUUUUUCUCGGAUAUCGCAGCUGUGCGCCCUGUUAGUCUCGCAUCCGGUUUGGAGUUAUCCUUUCAAAUCUGAACACCGUGGAUUGGUCGGUGCAUAUACUAGAGUUAUGUGUCGACCUCUUGCGUCUCUUCUUUACUAUUACCUCCUCUUGUCGAGAAAGCUUCCCGGAAGUUCAGGCGACUUGUGGAUGGCACAAGCUUUUGCUAUCAUCCUUAGGUGUUUCCCUGGAGAUGAAGACUACGCGCUCGCGAUUCUGGACGACAUUCUCGGGAUGAUUACGGCUGAUUGGGCAAAACAACGACAAUUAAAGAUACCUGACAUUAUCUGGGAGCGGGGCGGGAUGGAAGUAAUCAAGCCCAUAUUGCACCACGUUAUUCAGUCCAGAGAUGACAUCUACAUCGCACCCUUGAGUCCAACGCCCAGAUCAAUCUUACUCUCGACGUCGCAGAGACUAGUAACCUCCGUGCUCAUCACGACAGAUUGGGAUCCCGUUGGUCUUCCGUUAAAGGGAGAUUGGGCUUUGACGCCGAUUGACCACAUUUUACGUUCUGGGCAUGAACUAUCCGUCUUCCAACGAAAAGGUUCACUCCCUCCAUCCUGGGAUAUUUCGGAGACGGAGAUAGUGCGUGCAUCUCUCCUUUUGGCGCAGCUGGGAUGGGAGGCUGUCCUAAGAUUUGCUAGUGGUCUAGCGGACCUUGUAUUAUCCGGACCGGAAGCAGUUUUUGGAUGUAUGAAGGUCUUCAUGUUAGAGCAUGAACAGGACCAUGAUAAGGGUCUUGAUGAGGUAUUCCGCGAUCCAGCUGUGGGACAUCUGAUGAAUGAGUUGGUUUCUCCGUAUACGGUGGGCGCGCAAUCGAAAGUUCAGUCAACCACACAAGAAGAUCUAGAGAUGGUUGCCGCCAGAUUUCUUGGAGCUGGAACACCAUUUUACCAGUAUUAUACGGACUUUGUGGCACUAUACGACGCGAUUUCUUUCGCCCAUCCAUCUUUCGCUCGACUUCUUCUACCCCCGACAUCGAUGCGUUAUGCCGUGGAUUAUCGGAAGCAUCUCUGGUUGGAUUUCGGGCAUCUCAUCAAGAGCAUCCAUGUACCUCUCGAUGCUGUCAUUUCCCAGGAUAUACGAGAGUAUCUCUAUCCUGUUGAACGCAGCUCUGAGAUGAUCGGCGCUUAUAUUCGUGCGCUUGUGACGAUAGGCCCUUCGAUGGAUGGGUUUGUCCGUUUCGUUGCGGUUCAUCAUGUUGCCUGUAAUAUCUGGUCGGAUUUGAUGACGAUCGCCCCUGGGGAUGAUGCGUCGGCGAAGAAACUGUUUGGGCUUCUUCUUGGGCAGGGAAGUAGGGAAAUCCUGAAGGAAAUCUUAACGUACAGGCAAGCCUUGGACGGGCCUAUUCUAUUGGCUCCACAUUGUUUCGACCAUGGGAAUGAGGUGAAGGGGAAACGAGCAGAGUAUAUAUUGCACUGGUCUAACCAGAGUGUUUUAGAGAAUAUGUUAGCAUUAUUUUAGUUUGCUCUAGUUAUCUAUAAUCUUUAAUAAGAUCUCUCAGUGUAAGGUAUC